CACCAGAAUGCAAUCCAGACUCUCAGUCUCAAGCGGUGUGGACAAGCACAACAGAGAAUACACCGCUCACCAUUUACCUUUGUGCUGGAAACACAACCAGGGAAACACAAGAAUCGCUUCCUGUUUACCGAAGUUUAUUUAUUUCGCAGAACGGAGGUGAUAUAACUUGUCACGAAACUCCUUUUGAUUCAUGGCAAGACAAUAUUUUACUUCAAGAAUGAGGCAAGCAGAUUAAUAUCUUCAAAAUGGACAACAUAUUCUCUGUGGAAAAGGACCCUGCAAGAGCCCGCCUGAGCGGUGGCUUCUUCGAGCUACGGUUGGCAGGCCUGCUGAGCGUCCGACUGCGCGCGGAACGUCGCCGUCGACCCGAACUCAACCUGCAGUUUCUGGUCGCCACCAACAUGGACGGCGCCAACCCGUUUGACGAUGUCGUCCUUCGAAUCGCGUGGGACGAGUCAGGGCGACAGCGGGUCGUGACGUACUUCUUCCAGCUGAAACACGCCGAGAAGGUGGACAAACCAGUGCCAGCCCACGAUCUCACCGCCGCAAACAUUACAAAGAAAAACAAAGACUUCAACCUACGAAAAUAUUUCAAGUUCCACCAGCGACUGAAGGAGUUGAAGGAAUCAUCUGGCGACGAUUUGAAGGGAAACGAGAAGCUUUUGCGGGAUUGGGGACAAGGGGAGUGUCGUUUCGUACUUUUUACUACCCGGGAGGUUCUCCCGAAAUCAAGAGAGAAAAGAGCUGUCUCUUUACAAGACUUUCCCUUUGAUGAUAUCUUCAGCACUGACCAAGGCCAGGCUUUCUCUUUUGGGGAAACUGACAAGGAAGUAUGGGGCAUGUUUGCUGGAGACGGCGAUGAAACAGUGUUUCGAAGCGAGUUUUUGCCCCGUCUGCGCGUGUUUAGUGCGCAAGCGCAGGCCUCUGCGUUGGAGCCAAUGCUGCUGCGGGCACUUGAAGAUGCUCUGAACGGACUUCCACCUCUACCCGAUCAGUUACUCUCCAAAUAUACGACGUUUCUGCAGCAAUGGUGGGACAGUAAUGACGGCUCAUGUCUCUCAGAACUGACGACUGAAAUCGAAGAUAUAAUUCGCGAUGAUAUCCACGCCAAAUUACACCAGUUGAGUUUCCGAGAAGAGUUUUCUAACAGUUUGUCCCUACGCGUUCGUGAUUGUUGUGCGGCCUUUAUCGUCAUUCCUGGAAUUUCGCAAGAAAGGCGUGGCUCUUUGAUUAGAUCAGUGCUCACAAAGACACAUACUGACAGGUUUAUUAUAAUGACAGACGCGAUUGUCAAAGACUAUCCCCAUGAAGCUCUAUUUGCUAUUUGCAGCAAACUGUGUGAUGAAGUAGUUUUGUGUACGGACACACGAAACAACAGUUUGUUAGCAUUUGUGGAUAGAAUUACUUCAAGUGGAAGCAAAAAUUUGCGAGUUAUGUCGCUGGAAUGGGACAAGGAGAUGUUUUUGGUGAUGAAAUCGCAAUUUCAUUCAGUAAGUGCUUGGACAGAACGUUGGACAUUGGAUCGUUUGGACCCUAAUGAUCAGCAAACGUUUUUAGAGAAACAUGUCUGUUUUCAAGGCCAUAUAAUAACUCUUGCAGAGCUGGAAAACGUGUGGCCUAAUCUCCGCCAUGGCAUCGGCGAUGCAGCAUUAGAAGCCUUGGCCAAUGGGAAAACGUUCACCAUAGGUUUACCUCUGAAAACCGUAGAAGAUAGUUACUACGUCCCCCGUACCGUGCAUCACGCAGUUACUUUGAACCGAAGUAUUUUAAAACUACGCAGCGCAAAAGACCACUUCUUUCUCAGUGGGUUUCCUGAACAAAUUUUGAAGGAACUCCGGCAACCAGAUUCAGAUUGGGAGGAAUGCUCCCUAAAUGGAGUGCCUGUAACGAGGGAGAAGGUUCAAGCCUUUGAUCCACGUGCAUCCGAAAAGGAACCCAAAACGCACUGGACUGAAUUGUGUUCAGAUGCACCUGGUGACAGCGGGGAACAACGUCUUGCUGCAAAUGUGAAGAAAAACAGAAAAUAUGAGUCAGAGUAUUUCUCCGGAAAGCGGAUAAAUAGAAAGAUAAAAUUGGCAGUAAAGAAGUCAAAACCGCAAGAAGAAGUGGAUUCGCAGUUGAACAGUGAAAACAGAAAUCGACAUUGGAUCUUAUUCGAAAAUAAUGAAUUUAUAUGGAAGAAGAGCGAAGGCGAAACAGACAAUCUAACAAACUACAUUAAAAGCAAAAGCAGCACAUGUCAACGCAAGCCUGUUUGCAACCAUAGAGAUAAUCGUGAUUUUCUCUCAUGGGCAGAUUCUACCUUCAUUCUCACCGACAGUGCGGGAAUGGGAAAAUCUACAUUUUUAACACACAUAUCCAACGUGAUAAAAGACACAAAUGAAUCAGAGUGGGUGAUAGUUGUGAGAAUCAACGAUGGGCAAAUAAUUGAUGAACUUCCUGAAGAGAUAAAAGGAUCUCAUGUGCAUAGCGUUUUAAAAAAAUACGCCGGGAUUGGGCAAAGCAUUUCUGACAGGUCGGCGAGUAUUUUCCUUAGGGAUUGUAUCGAUCAAACGGGCCACUUAACGGUACUCGUAGACGGUGUGGACGAAGUGUGUCCUUCGCACAAAGUAAAAGUUCUUAAGUUUCUUGUAUUACUGCAAGAAAUUCUUGAGAAGAACGGAGGUCACUUGUGGAUAGCUUCCAGAACGGUGUUAAAACAUGAUCUAUCCAAAAUUACACCAAAUUCUACGUGUAUUUCCUUGUCUUAUUUUUCGUUACUGGAACAGGUAGGGUACCUACGUAACCGCUGGAGCGAUGGAAUAUAUGAUGGGACGGAAUCACAUAUCGACUAUCAUGUAUCUUAUCUCGUGGACGUAGUUCGAAAAGCAACGAGCACAGGAGAUCGCAGUCUAUGUGAUGUACCAUUGUACACAAGAAUGUUGGCUGAUGCUUAUACAAAAGACGACUUAGAUCAACUCCUCGAACAAACAGACGAAGAGAAGAAUUCACGCUUGAACAAAGCAGCCCUAUACAAAAGGUUUAUUGAAAAAACUCUAGGGGUGGUUUGGGCCAAAGUCGGAAUAUCUGAAAGCGCUCAGGUCAAUUUGAAUAUUACGUCAGAGGACGUUCUGAAGAAACAUGGAGUUUUUGCGGCGUUUGAAUGUUUCCGUGGAAGUGAGUUCCUAGGAGAACAUUUUGACGACGUGUUGCAAGUCAUGAACGAGUUAAAAGACGGCCAAGAGAGAGAAAAAAUCGCCCGAGCUGGUAUCAUCACUCACAUUGUCGACGGAAGACCAAAAUUUUUGCACUACACUCUCGCUGAAUACCUGGCAGCGAUGUGGCUACUGGACAAGCACUCGUCCCUCCCAAAACUCACUCGGUCGUUGUACGAGGGUGUCUUCGGCGAGGUUCGAUAUUUUUUCGAUGCUCUCCUGGCAGAAGAUAGCCCACUUCACACAGCAGCAAUAAAUGGCCAUGAAGAAGCUCUAUUGUCGGCCCUACGCCUCAAGGGCCAAGGUCAUUGCGUCGAACUGGAAGAUAAAGGCGGGAGACGUGCGCUUCACCUGGCUGUUAUCGGCGGAAACGUAGACACGACUAAAAUUUUGUUAGAAAAGGGAGCCAAAGUAUCUGUGAGGGACCGAAUUCUCGGCUGGACACCCCUUCGCUAUUUCGACACGAUAACAAAUAGGAUCCUCGCAGAAGUCGAGGAGAUCAUGGUCCAUUCAAUUCCACUUCUGGAAAUUGUAGAAAUUUUGUUGAAAGCGUCCGCAAAAAUAGAAGACGCCCCGAUUUUACUCGAUAAAAAAGACAUCUUUUUGCAAAUAGCAAUUAGAGAUGACUAUCCGUGUCUGACCAAAUCAUUGAUAAAAAAAUCUGUAUGGCUGAUUUUUCAAAAGUGGCAAAAGAAGCCGUAUUUGCACGUCGCCGCCCAGCAUGGAAGUUGGGAGGUUCUCCACAUGUUGCAACGUUUGGGCUUCCAAGUGAACGCCACCAGCUUGGAACAUUCUGGUGGUACUCCUCUCCACCUGGCUGCUGCCAAAGGUCAUUUAGAAAUCUGUAAAUUUCUGCUGAGUUGUGGAGCGAAAGUAGGCGCCCGGGAUGCUGUAGGUUACACGCCAUUACACGAAGCGGUGAUAAGAAAUCAUCAGUCAGUCUGCGAGGUGAGUUGGCGCAAGAAGGGGACACUACAGAAUAAAGCGGAGUAACCGCAGAGUCGUUAUUGGGGCAUGUUGUUUUGGAAACUUAUAGUGCUAAUCCAUUGAUUUGGUCCUGAACUAUACUCUUAAAGUAUAAUUCAAUGCGACAUCAGCGGGAUACACCGAGCAUUUGUAUCUAGAAAAUGUUGCAAAACCGUUUGUCCCAAGACUACCUACAAGGAAUACUGGCUGCGAUGGCAACUAGAAAUUUGACAGAGGAAGAUGUAAUGGACAGAGAAGGCUGGAAAAGAAGAACCGAGAA